AUGCUGCAGAGCUUUGCUUCGAAAAAGGAGCAGGUGCUAAGGCGGGCGGAUAAGAGUAAGAAAGGAGACGUAGAUCCUCCAAUUUUUGCUCUAGUCGGUGCUAUUAAUUCAUCGCCCUCCUUCGUUACCACCAGUUCGUGUUCAGGUAGGACAGUCGUGUUUGCGGCUGCUCAUCAACGGGACUCUGGCAGCGGCACUACUGAUGUCGUCAAGAAGAGAGGUCGAUGGUGUUAUGUGACACACGACAGUGCAUCGUCUGGCGAUCUGAUGGCAUCCCUUGCGUCCUAUCUAGGGAAUCCAGACUUCUACGGUAGUUUGAAGUUUGAGCCAAUGAUUUUACACAUUCAGUGCAGAACAAUUGAAGAUGCCCAAAGCAUGCUGUCUGCUGCUCUGGCAUCUGGGUUUCGAAAUUCUGGUCUGAUUAUUGGUCGGAAGCGUAGAGUAAUGCUGGCUGUGAGAAGUACCCACGGCUUGGAAGUUCCAAUUGUUGAUAAAGGAAAACUUCUUGUGUCACAAGAGUAUGUAGAUUAUAUUGUUGAUCAUGCUAAUAACAGAAUGACUGAGAACAAACGAAGAAUUGAAAGACUCCAUUCGAAUGUGUGCAGCACGUUAGACGCUGUAGCAGCAAAGUGUUGUGGGCAGGUGCCUCGAGUAGGUGGUCCAAUUCCAUGCGACACCUCCCACUCAUCACGUGAUCAAUUAACAGUUGGCACGCAUCUUGCAUCAACCCAAUCGUCGAUCAUAACCACUAGUAACUGCACAACAGAUUCAGAGAGUGGCGAAGCUGGAGACUCUAGCAGUGAUGAUGAGUUGGUCCUUCCUUGGGAGCAAACCUGACAUCGAGUUGUCUAUACAGAGUAAGGCAAAAUAUUAUGUAUGACGUCACACACCAGGUACUUACCUGGCCAAAGUAGGAAGAGGAAACCAGAGCAGAACGCUUGAAUACAAGACCUGUAAUACGUGUAUAUUGACU